AUGCUGAGAUCGACUUACGCUCCCCCGCCCCCUCUCCCCGCAGGGUGGUCGGAGCAUCGAGCGCCUUCAGGUCAUUUGUAUUACUAUAAUGCUACAACGAAACAGUCCACAUACCAGAGACCACAAGUGCAAGCUCCUCAAUCUGCACCGCCUGCGCCGGAUCCCUCACAGCCACUCCCGUUCUAUUCGCCUGAAACACUACCACCCUUCUCAUCGACGCCAUAUGGGCCCGUAGGUUAUCCCCCAGGCGCAGCGCAAUAUAAUCGACACCAACAACAGCAUGGACAAACUCGCGGCGGUUUCCGCGGUGGAAGAGACCAUCGUGAUCGCGGGCGCCGUGAGUCCCAGGACAGGCCAAGGUCGAAGCAUCCGAUCCCGGAUUGUGCGCCGUGGGUUCUGGUGAGAACCAAACUUGGCAGGCGAUUUGUGCACAACCUGGAAACAAACAAAAGCUUUUGGAAAUUUCCGGAGGAGGUUCUAAAGGGUGUGGUUGAAUACGACCGCCUAGAGCGUGAGAAGAAGGAGAGGCGAGAACGAGGCGAGAAGUCAGAGGAGCCAGAGGAACCGAAGAAAGAAGCUGUGGCGGAGCCGGCCUCAUCACGGUUGGAGCAUGAGGAUGCUACGCAUGAAGGUCCACAUCCAGGCGCAGAGGAUAGCGAUGAGUACGAAGAGGUUGAAGUUACCGAUGACGAAGGAGAAGAGGAGGAUGGCCAGGGCCAACCAUCGAAGCGUGCCCGUACCCAAAGCCCUGGAGCGCAGGAACAACCACUGGAAUUUACCGAAGAGGACAUGGAAUAUCAGCUAUCAGCCAUGGGAAAAGAGUAUGGACUGGACCCAGGAGAGUACGGUGAACCCGGAGAGGAUUGGGAAGAGGGUGCAGAAGGACUUCCAUUGACUGAUGCCGAUGCCGAAGCAUUGUUCCGUGAUCUGCUUGAUGACUGUCAUAUCAAUCCGUUCACAACGUGGGAGAACGUCAUUGACGAAGGCCGUAUUAUCGAAGAUUCAAGAUAUACAGCUCCUUCGAACAUGAAAACUCGCCGUGAGAUUUUCUUCGGUUGGAGCAGGGAUCGCAUCAAGGAGGUCCAAGCCCGCAAAGAAAACCAGGAAAAGCAGGAUCCUCGUAUCAAAUAUUUGGCCUUCCUCCAGGAAUAUGCAACACCCAAGCUCUACUGGCCCGAAUUCAAGCGCAAAUACCGGAAAAUCGCGGAAAUGAAGGACUCCCAACUAUCCGACAAGGACCGGGAGAAGCUUUACCGCGACUAUAUCUCCAAGCUCAAGCUCCCCGAGAGUACCCGGAAGGCAGAUCUUUCAGCGCUCCUCAAAUCGGCACCGUUACAUGCCUUGAACCGCUCCUCGAAUCUCGAGGUCCUCCCGUCCAUGAUCAUCACUGAUAUCCGAUAUAUUGCUCUUCCUCCUAAGGUCCGCAACGCCUUGAUCGAGGCGUAUAUUUCUACCUUGCCACCUCCACCGGAGGUGCAGAUGACUGCGGAACAGCAAGAAGAGCACGAUCGAAAGCAACGGGAACGCGAGAAGCGCGAAAAAGCCCUUGCGGAGCGAGAAAAACGGGUUGAAGAAGAUAAGCGCAGACAACGGGGCGAUCUUAUUCGUGGCAAGCACCUUCUAAGAGAGGGUGAGGCUGAGAUUGCGGAGGCUAUGAAGAUUCGCAAAGACGGCCUGCGUGGUUACAUGGAGGUCGAUGAAGACCCAGCCAAUGAGCAAGAAAAACCAAAGAAUAAUUGA